AUGCCGGCUCAAAAAAAAAUAAAGCUUCGGACUGCUUCCGACGUCCUAUCGAGAUUAAAGUGGUCCAACGAUGAACAAAUGAAUGCACAAAAUACAAUUAUGGGAUAUGACUGUCGGAUACACGGUCCCUUGGAGAAGUGUGUGGAUGAUUAUUCCGGAAUCAACGAAGGCGGAGACAUUCCAGAACAUAGAAUACAGUACUUUCGCCUGGCGGGUUCCAAGGAUUAUGAGAAAUUAAUAUUCUGGGAUCGAAACGGGAGAGUGGAUCGUCUGUUUGGCUCGGGAAACCCCGACGACCCCAUAUCACCAAUGACCGUCCAAAAUGUGGCCAAGGCCAUUGCUACCAUGAAAAGCAUCGCUGAAGAAAAGGCUAUUCGAGCUCAAGAAAAAGCAAAACGAAAGGCUCGUCAACAGGCCAAGAAGACACUUGCCGCAAAGUUUGCAUCGACCAUGUCUUCCUCAGCAACAGAGUCAACCGAACGGAGGCCGCUCCAAGAAUCGUCAAAAAGGUCUCAGCGACAUGUAUGGCAAGAACUUGACCGUGUAUUCGUCUUUGAUUCUUCCAAGUGUACUUGGGCUCCAAAACGAUCUAACGGAUUCAAAAGUCAACAGUUCAACCGGGAUUCUCGCGAACUUAAAUUCAUUACAUGGAAUGUUCUGUUCGAUUUGCAUCGCAAUGAGAGUGACGAAUUGGUUCAAGGCGAUGACACCUUGUUGAACGACCAAGACAGCACAACCUCCCGAUGGCAAAAUCUUAUCGAUGACUUGGAGGUGGAAAGCGCAGAUGCCAUUUCCUUGCAAGAAGUGACUCCACGAUUUGUCCAACAGCUUCAACGAUGCCAAUGGGUGCAAGAUCUAUAUGCUCUUUCUGCAGAGUCUAAGGAUUUGCGUGGAGUCGAGACAUAUGGCAAUUUAAUUCUUUGGAAGACCACUUCCUUUCAAGGAUGCAAGGGAUUGCACUUGUGCGUUGACCAAGGCCGCAACCGGGGAAUCGUUGUCUCCUUGGCAAGAAAUAACACUGUCUUCAACGUGGCCAAUGUUCACUUGCCUGCCGACCAAAGAGACAAAACAUCAGGUGAAACUAGAGAUCGGACAAAAGCGAGGCAACGAGAAUUUGGUUCGAUCGUAGGAAAGCUUCAAUUGUUGGAGCAAAACCAACGAAAACAAAACCUCUAUCCCGUUCCCGUUGUCAUGGGAGACUUCAAUUCGGGCGAGAAUGAACCAAAUAUUUUCAAAAGUGAGCACUUUGUAGAUGCUUGGUUACAUCCUUCCAACAAGAUUGAGAGUGAGCAUAGCUUUACCUUUGACUGGAAGCGAAACCAAAGGGCUAACAAGACACGACAACAUGGUCACCAAAAGCGAGAUCCUCGAAGAAUUGAUCGCAUCGUUUUGGGAAGUCAAGACGAUAUUGUACCAACUCACUCUUGUUUGGUUGGAGACUCCUCGGUUGGUCUCCCAGCAUCAGAUCACUUUGGAGUUUCUGUCACCUUUGAAGUCAAAGCUCCCAGACUUAACAUGCAACCAAUCCUCUACACCCCAAGCAGAGUCGAGCACAACGUUUGGGCAGCAACUGCCAUUCCUACCACAGACUCUUUGCUUGCACUGUUAUUUGAAGAUCAACAGAAUGAUUCCUUGCAACUCUGCGAUCCUUCUUCCACGCUUCCUAUUACACAUAUUACGUUGCUGAACGGCUUUGUAGACUUGUCUACAUCUGACAAUCAAGCCUUGGCUACCCAAGCAGUGAAAGAUGCCGUCCACCAAGCUUUGUAUUCCUCUAGUCCCUUGCAAGAGUGGGCCCUGGACAUAAAUGACAAGUCACUCAGUGUCUUUGAGCACCGAGAGUCGGCCACACUCGUUUGCACUCCUGACAAGACCGGAUGGCUGAACCGACUGUACGAAACUCUUCGAGUCACGUUUGAAGGUUGUGAUGAGCAAGAACGAAGAUUUUCAGAUGGAUGGACGCCUCAUAUGAGCCUUGAAAAACAUGCCACAACCACAACAGCCAGAGCCCAGCUGGACCAGCUGCUAUCCUCGGGUGCUUGGAAAGGAGGAAUGUCCUUGAAUGGUUUUGGAAUUGGUCUCUUUCGCCGGGAUAUGGUGAGUCGGAAGUUCUUCCCUGUUGCCACAGUCCCAUUGGUGAACCGUCAGAAUGUUGCCGCCAACCAAACCAAACUCUUUUUGCAAACCGCCGGUCUACCUUGGGCCCGUUCCUUUGAGCGAUUGUCCCAAAUCGUCUUGCGAGAGUUAGAAAGCGCUUGUCAACACACGAUUUCUUCGUUGUGUCAAGGAAGCUUGACCUCCACAGUAUCCUUGUAUGGUUCGCAAGCCCUCGGUGUGGCUCUGCCCGGCAUUUCGGACAUUGAUGCUGUAGUGCACUUGCAAUCUUCCAGUGAUACAAGUGAGAUUCAGAACAUUAGCGGAUCCAAGUUUUUCCAGCUGGUCCGAUCUCACUUGGAAGACCUGCAUCUAUCAUGCAAGGCCAGGCUACGAGUAUCCAGUCUAGCCGGAUUCGCUCUUUAUGUGCUCACCAUCAAGUUGGCUCCCAAUUUGCCAGCGGCAGAUUUGUUGCUUGCUCGGACUUUGAAAGGAGAAACAGUUGAUGUUGCAAGUCGACAAGCAUUGGCUUCGAUUGAUGAUUCACAAGUCAUUUUGCAACGUGUUCAAGAACUCGGAAUGAAAUCAGCAGUUUUUCAAGGAACUCUUCGGAUGAUCAAACUGUGGGCGCAACGACGAGGAAUAUAUGGUUCGAGCAUGGGAUACCUUGGUGGAGGUGGUUGGGCAGUGCUGCUGGUCUGUGUAUUGGAACACAAAACCGAGUGGAAUGGUUUGAUCGACACAGCGAAUGACGCCGCAAGUGCUAGCCAGAUUGCCACUUUCUUCUUGUGUCACGUAUUGGAAUAUUGGUCAAAUGCUCGAGUGGUGACACUCCAAGGGACCAAUAGUACUGAAUUGAAAGACGACCAACGCAACAACAUAGUGGUCUUGGCUCCCAAAAGCGGUGGCAACUUUGGAAGAUCUUCGACUCGAUCCACCACCCAGCAAACUUGGAAUGAAUUGAGAAGGGCAGCACAGCUUUUCGAUGGAGAAGCGAACACUUCAAACCUAUAUUCCCAUCUCGAAACAUGUAUGCUUUCCCACAUCGUUGGUGGGGGAGUUAGUGACAAAAUAUUGGCCUUGCAAGUCCCAAUCCCGAUCAAAUCGGCCUCAUUGAAACCCGCCGAAGUCAAAGCUCGCGCUACCGUGAUGGGACUAUCGACCACGGUCGCACUUGAACGAAUCCUCCCAGCGGAUAUCAUUCGUCCUCAUUCCCAAGUUGUACGAAAGAAUGGGGCGUUCUGGCUCUUGCUUGAAGUCCAAUGCUCUGAGAGAUCAACCAGCAAAGCGCUUUCCGCUUUUGUGGAUGCUCAAAACGAAUUGCUGCAACAACAAAUGAAUCUCGGUAGUUUAACCUCGCAGCUGGUGCAGUUCUCUCCAAAGGAGUUUCAAUCGCUAUCGAUGCCGUUGUAA